CCUCCGGGUGACCUCGGUAGUGAACGUGCUAGUAGUUGUCAUGCUUUGGAACGGCUGGUCGAUGCCGCACAGUUAGGCUUCAUUUUUGUUACUGUUAUUUGUAUUGUAUUUAUUUCUUCGAAACAAUAGAGGAGGAUUCAUUGUAUCGGUAGAAUAAAGUACUGUAUCAUUUAGUGACUGCCUUAAAGUGGACUGAUUAAAGGAAGGUGACGGAAGUGCGUUUGGCUGACGACGCUGAAAGAUUUCAGCUUAGUGCCUAAACCAAGUGAUUGGGAGGAUCACCUGCAAAUUGCUUGGUCUAUAUCUGUAGUCAUUGGUAAUGUCCAGUCCUGGGGGUUCAGGCUUUGGGGGCUCCAGCGGAAGUACCAUAGCAGUACGAGGAGCAGCAGCUGCCAGGAGAUUGAAAUGGAGCCUGGAGUUGUGUGUUGGCAUGUCUCGGGGGCGCUCGGAUAGACAAGGAAACCAGGGGGAUUCGCUGUAUCCCGUUGGCUACUCUGACAAGCCCAUCCCUGAUACAAGUGUGCAAGAGACGGACCGAAACUUAGUGGAAAAGCGAUGCUGGGAUGUAGCACUGGGACCUCUCAAGCAGAUUCCGAUGAAUCUGUUUAUUAUGUACAUGGCUGGAAACACCAUCUCGAUCUUUCCCAUCAUGAUGGUAUGCAUGAUGGCUUGGAGGCCAAUUCAGGCUCUCAUGUCAAUGUCUGCAACAUUUAAACUUUUAGAAAGCUCAAGCCAGCAGUGGUUGCAAAGUCUUGUGUAUUUUGUCGGAAAUCUGCUUGGACUAGCGCUGGCUGUCUACAAGUGUCAGUCAAUGGGUCUUUUGCCCACACACUCCUCUGACUGGUUGGCUUUCAUUGAACCACCAGAGAAAAUGGAGUACAUGGGUGGUGGGAUGGUCCUGUAGGAUGGCUGGAGCACCAAUUAACAGGACUUACUUUGCUCAUGGACUCUUCCUUUGGAACUGUUUCAAACAUUGCACUGCAGUGCCAGUGUCAUCGUCGAACUUAAUUACAGCUAAUAAAUUCUAAUUGAGAAUAUGGUGAUUAUGUGGUACGCUCAGUAAGCAGUAAAGAAUAUGAAAUGUGUAAGA